CAGAGUAGGAACCAUGUAUUAAAAAAUAUACCUAACCUCUAACCUAAAACAAAAACUACAAUAAAACCUUUAAUAAGCCUUAAAUUGUACUACUACUUAUCUAUAAACAUGUGUGUUGCCUUAUUAAAAAUAUAUAACAACAAUUUCAUGAAAAAGCUGAGGAGGCUUCGCAAAAUCAAAUACUUACUAUGUCUAGAGAAGGUUUUCGCUUUUGUGAUAAACGUGGUGGUUAUACCUGGAUGCUAUGGCUUCCAGAUGUUGGUCGUUCGCCCCGCCAUCGACGAAGAAUACCACACCUCAACCUCUGCUGUUGUAGCCAACGUUUUAUUCUCCACCUUUUUAUUCAUCAAUGUGAUCGGAAACUUAGGUUUGUGCAUCACAACCGAUACAAGCUUGGCGAAAAACCUGAACGAGGUCACAUACGCUCAUGAAGAAACAGGAAACUAUUGUAAAUGGUGCAAGUCGAUACGGCCGGAGAAAUGUUGGCAUUGUAAACUGUGCAACGCUUGCAUAUUGAGGAGAGAUCACCACUGCGUGUUCUUAUCACGCUGCAUUGGACGCCGUAACUAUCGAUAUUUCCUUCUCGGGGUUUUUUACACAUCACUGGGUACAACCUACGCCCUAUACUGGAACUAUUUAUUUGUUAGGGCACAAUUUGAAUCUUUCGUUCAAGCUUUUGUUUCAUUCGCCGUUUUAAUUAAUCCAUUCUUCCGGAUAAUGUUCGUGUUUUAUGUCGGCUACAGAGAUGUCGGCUACAGAGAUAUCUGCACCAGCUACUUCAUUCUUAAUAUUUUAAUUUGGUUUUGGUUAAUACAUGUGGCGUUCUACCACUUGAUAAAUGCUGCAGCUGACCUGACGACCUACGAAAUAAUGAAGCUGAGAAAACGCAGGGACUUUAAGUAUUGGAAAGAAAACCUGGUAAAUGUGUUCGGUACACGGUGGUACUAUGCCCUAGUAUGGCCCUUCUCCCGAAGUCCAGUUCCUGAACGUAUUAUGAUUUAACUAGGGGAAGCGAGAGUGACAAUUUAUAUGCAUGUUUAUUUUGAUCUAAGAAGAUAUGAGUGUUUUAUUCUUAUGUACAUAUAAGUGUUCAAAGUUGUCAAAUAAUAAAAAUAUUUCAAUUUA